AUGUUUGAAGAUGUCCAUUUUUCAGAUGAGCGAGACGCGAUUCAAAAGAAGACAUUCACAAAGUGGGUGAACAAGCAUCUCGGCAAGGCCGGUCUACAUGUGGAAGAUCUCUUUGUUGAUCUCACUGAUGGAUACAAUCUCAUCGCAUUGCUCGAGGCACUUUCCGCCGAGAAACUGCCUCGUGAAAACGGGUAUACACGCUUUCAUAGAAUACAAAAUGUGCAAUAUUGCCUGGAUUUUCUGAAAAAGAAAAAUAUAAAAACCGUCAAUAUUCGACCGGAAGAUAUUGUAGAGGGAAGUCCGAAGUUAACUUUGGGGCUCAUCUGGACGAUCAUUUUGAACUUCCAAGUUUCUAUAAUUAAACAACGUCAACGAGAAGCUUCUGAGUUAGAAGCAAUAGCGAUGUCAAUAUCAUUCAUUUUUGAUUUCCGGAGAGGUGUAAGCUUGCAGUUUCUGUAA